CUGCUGUCCCGGGCCUGGCCGGUGCACGUCUGCCUGCUGGACCUGGGCACCACCGGCCGCCUGGGCACGGGACUGGGCGGGGGCGCUGACCUCGGCCUAGGAGGCCUAGGAUCCCGGAGACGCCCGAGCCCGCGGGGGCCUGCAGGUCGCACGCCCUCCCCGAGCUUCUGCUGCUCGCUGCUUCUCGGCAGGGCGAGGUCAGGUGCCCCCCUCCUCGCCUCUCUCCUCUUCUCUUCCUCCCCCACCCCUGUGCCCGCGGGAGAUCCUGCUCGCCCCCUCCCGCAGGGGUGUAGCAGGCUGCAGAGCUGACAGCGGCCGGGCAGCCACCCUGCCCAAACUCUCCGGAAGCAGCCGGAGCUCAGGCCGCCACAGCCCCUGUGGACCCACUAUUGGACCGGAGGCGCCGGCCCUCCUCCCGCGCCCAAACUUGGAGCACUUGACCUUUGGCUGUCGGUGGAGGCAGGCCCACGGGUGGCUGGACAGCUGCGGCGCCGCGAGGGCAUCUUGCUUGGGGACCAUACACUGCAUUCCUGGGCUCCUGGCUUUGCCUCUGGGACCCCAAGGUGUCCACAUUAGGCGCAUGUUGACUGAGACCUAGAGUCAUGGAUGUGUGCGCCCGUCUUGCCCUGUGGCUCCUCUGGGGGCUCCUCCUACAUCAGGGCCAGAGCCUCAGCCAUAGUCACAGUGAGAAGGCGACAGGAGCCAGCUCCGGGGCCAACUCUGAGGAGUCCACUGCAGCAGAGUUUUGCCGGAUUGAUAAGCCCCUGUGUCACAGUGAGGAUGAGAAGCUCAGCUUUGAGGCAGUCCGCAACAUCCACAAGCUGAUGGAUGAUGAUGCCAAUGGUGAUGUGGAUGUGGAAGAAAGUGAUGAGUUCCUGAGGGAAGACCUCAAUUACCAUGACCCAACAGCGAAACACAGCACCUUCCAUGGUGAGGAUAAGCUCAUCAGCGUGGAGGACCUGUGGAAGGCGUGGAAGUCCUCAGAAGUAUACAACUGGACCGUGGAUGAGGUGGUGCAGUGGCUGAUCACAUAUGUGGAGCUGCCUCAGUAUGAAGAGACCUUCCGGAAGCUGCAGCUCAGUGGCCAUGCCAUGCCAAGGCUAGCUGUAACCAACACCACCAUGACAGGGACCGUGCUGAAGAUGACAGACCGGAGCCAUCGGCAGAAGCUGCAGCUAAAGGCUCUGGACACAGUACUCUUCGGGCCUCCUCUCUUGACCCGCCAUAAUCACCUCAAGGACUUCAUGCUGGUGGUGUCUAUCGUUAUUGGUGUGGGCGGCUGCUGGUUUGCCUAUAUCCAGAACCGUUAUUCUAAGGAGCACAUGAAGAAGAUGAUGAAGGACUUGGAGGGGUUACACCGAGCUGAGCAGAGUUUGCAUGACCUUCAGGAAAGGCUGCACAAGGCCCAGGAGGAGCACCGCACGGUGGAGGUGGAGAAGGUCCAUCUGGAGAAGAAGCUGCGCGAUGAGAUCAAACUUGCCAAGCAGGAAGCCCAGCGGCUGAGGGAGCUGCGGGAGGGUACUGAGAAUGAGCGGAGCCGCCAAAAAUAUGCUGAGGAAGAGUUGGAGCAGGUUCGGGAGGCCUUGAGGAAAGCAGAAAAGGAGCUGGAAUCACACAGCUCAUGGUAUGCUCCAGAGGCCCUUCAGAAGUGGCUGCAGCUAACACAUGAGGUGGAGGUGCAGUACUACAACAUCAAGAAGCAAAAUGCUGAGAAGCAGCUGCUGGUGGCCAAGGAAGGGGCCGAGAAGAUCAAAAAGAAGAGAAACACACUCUUUGGCACCUUUCACGUGGCCCACAGCUCUUCCCUGGAUGAUGUAGAUCACAAAAUCCUAACGGCUAAGCAAGCGCUGAGUGAGGUGACAGCAGCACUGCGGGAGCGCCUGCACCGCUGGCAGCAGAUCGAGAUCCUCUGUGGCUUCCAGAUUGUCAAUAAUCCUGGCAUCCACUCACUGGUGGCCGCCCUCAACAUAGACCCCAGCUGGAUGGGCAGCACGCGCCCCAACCCGGCCCACUUCAUCAUGACUGACGACGUGGAUGACAUGGAUGAGGAGAUUGUGUCUCCCUUGUCCAUGCAGUAUGCUGCCUGGCUGAUGGGGCGUAGGUUCAGUGACCGCUCUCUCUGCUCAACAUCCGCCGGCUCGGAUGAUCAGUCCCUCUGGAAAUACCCUGCCCCCAGCCUGCAGAGCAGUGUCCGCCAGCGCCUUACGGAGCCACAGCAUGGCCUGGGAUCUCAGAGGGAUUUGACUCAUUCCGAUUCGGAGUCCUCCCUCCACAUGAGUGACCGCCAGCGGAUGACCCCCAAACCUCCUCAGAUGGCCCGUGCUGCAGAUGAGGCUCUUAAUGCCAUGACUUCCAAUGGCAGCCACCGGCUGAUUGAGGGGGUCCACCCAGGGUCUCUGGUGGAGAAACUACCUGACAGCCCUGCCCUGGCCAAGAAGGCAGUACUGGCGCUGAACCAUGGGCUGGACAAGGCCCAUAGCCUGAUGGAGCUGAGCCCCUCAGCCCCACCUGGUGGCUCUCCACCUCUGGAUUCUUCCCGUUCUCACAGCCCCAGUUCUCCAGACCCAGACACGCCAUCUCCAGUUGGGGACAGCCGAGCCCUGCAAGCCAGCCGAAACACACGCAUUCCCCACCUGGCUGGCAAGAAGGCUGUGGCUGAGGAGGAUAAUGGUUCUAUUGGCGAGGAGACAGACUCCAGCCCAGGCCGGAAGAAGUUUCCCCUCAAAAUCUUUAAGAAACCUCUUAAGAAAUAGGCAGGAUGUGGGUGGCAGUGAUGGGACAGCUUGUCCUUCUCUGGGUCUUUUGCCUCCCCUUCCCUCCCUUCCAUCAAGGUAUCCAGCCCCUAAAGUAGGGCAUGGGAGGGGCUGGCCUAGGGGCCUGGGCACUGUACAUACCUGCUUCCCUCAUCCUUGGGUCCUUCAUCAUUAUUUAUUAACUGACCACCAUGGCCUGCCUGCCCUGCCUCCCUCCCAACCAUGGACUGCUGCUGUCACUCCCUCUCCACUUCAGUGCAUGUCUUAGUUGCUGUCCCCUCAGCUCCCAGCGCCACAUCUGGGGUUCAGCUUGUCUCUGCUGUCCCAGUUUUGAGGUUUGGUUUCUUGUUUCUGUCUGUCUCUUGCUUUCAGGCUCCUCCCUCCCACCACUCCCCAACUUCCCCUAGCAGUUGCAGGGAAGAUAGGAGGAAUAACUUCUGAAACCUCUGUCUCAGAUCUAUUCCACCACACCCACAAUGGUUCUGUUCGCUCCAGGUGUGUGUAGGGCCUAGGGCCUACUCUUCAGAGUUUGUUCUUUGGAGAUACUAUGGGCCAGAGGGAACCUCAUCUUAGAGCUCACUCAGGCCUCCAGGGAUCUGUGGGGAAGUGAAGCCAAUUUCCAGAGAACAAUCCACGAGAGUUUUGAACAGACGCCAAGGCUUGGGGAUAGAUCAGGAGACCUCUCUCAGUUGGAGCAUGAGUGGAUGCCAGAGCUGUGGGUUAUAAAGCAAUCACCUUUUUUCUCUUCUCCCACCCACCCCUGCUCCCCUGCUACCCCUGCUCCCCCACACUGCAGGAGGGUUUGUCUCUAAGAGGUGCUGCCCCAAAGCUCCCCAAGCAUCAGUACUCCUAGGGCUCAGGACAAUUAGUUCCCCUGGUCAGGGGAGUCAUAGCCAGGAUACAGGGCUCUCAUGGAGCCCUGGAGCUUUUGGCCAAGGAUGUUGUCAUAUUUCUGAACCAAAAGACAAAACAGGCUAAAAGUAAGAAAAGAAAUCUCCUGAAUUUCCCAAGUGCCUACACUGCAUACUCCCCUUGUCAGACCCCAUUUUCAUGUUGCUUUAUAGCCUGGGCCAGAGGCUCAAAAAAAGACACACCCAGAUUGAGGAAGGGGUGGCUAAGGAAGAUGGUGUAGGUGAAGGCGGCUGUGUGACCACUUCCCCUCACUCUUCCUACCCUCUAGACAACUCUCUCCCUUACCUGUUUUUGCUAUGGCUAUAAAGAUAUUUUCCCUCUGCCCCACUGCCUGCCAUGCCUUUAUCCUGGGAUCCCAUUUUGGGCCUGGGGUGGGUGCACCUGGGGCUGGUCUUAGGAGGGUGCUAGUCUGCAGACUGCCUUGUACCCCCUGGACACUCUCACAUGGGUUUUCUUUGUUAUUUCAUAAGACUCUUUGAAGUCCAAUAAAGCAUGUAGGAGAUUUUAACCUCU